AUCCAUGAAUUUGUUAUUCUCUAUUACACAAACUGCAUAAAGUUGGGUUCUUGGCAGGUUCUUGUCAUCUCCAUACAUGAUCCUAAAGUGGGCAUAAUUUUUGAUCCAGAGGCAUUGAUUAAUGCCCUAGGAAAUGUGGUAAGCAGAUACCUGAGGGCAAAGGGCUGACUGAAUUUUGACAGGUGCAAAAUGAUUUCCAGGAGCAAGCAUAAUUACAUUCAUGUGCCAAUCUCUGAUUGUUAGGCUGGUGCCUUUGAGGUAGGUUUUAUGACUAAUUCACCUUCAAGAAUUAAAAGUCCACUUCAAACCCUUCUCCACUUUUGUUUUUACUUACUGAACGUGCUGCAAGCUGGCUACUUUUUUUGUCUGGUAUCUACAUCUAAAGAUAUGUUUUCGAAAGGAGAGGUCCUAUUUUUUGGCAUUAACGUACAUGCAAUCACAUAUCUUGUGGGAGGUAUAGUAACAUAACUGGGAAUUCAGCUUCACAUGGAUAACACCUACUUAAUGUCUUUAUCCUCAUCGGAGGAAACUGGUGAUGCAGUGCUGCAAAGAUCAGUGGGAUACACUGGUAGGGGAUAUGCAAUCUCAUUGUACUUCUACAUCAUUUUAAUUGUAAGAGAGUGUUGCUGGACUGCAUUUAUUUUAACCUUGAUUGAGAGGUGGGAUCCUAAUAUCAUGGGGUUCACCCCUCCAUCAAUGGUUAUAAGAAGCAUGGAUUGCUCUUCACUUUUUUGUUAGAAUCAUAGAUAGUAUUUUUUUUGUUUUUUCAUUGUUUUUCACCAAUGGAAGCAACUCUUUCUCAUCUUUUAAUUCACCCAAUCUGCUUCUGACUUGAAUUUAGAACUCACUCUCAUUCUUUGCAUGUGCCUUGCUUGUUUAUGAGAAAGGAAUUUCCUUCUUUGACUGACUAAAAUGUAAAUGCAACU